CACAUGAACAUACCACCUUCAAGUUGCCAGCUCAUCCCCCCAACCCCCCCACCAGCAACGUGCAACCACCGACAAUCAAUCAGCAAGAAAGCAAACAUCGACGACACUUCAUCAUCAGAAAUGGCUACCCUGCGGUGGUCUCUGUGCUGGUGGGCGGGCACCCUGGGGCUGCACAGGGGCAAACGCCACAUGAUGCAUUGCAGGCGGCCUUGCACCAGCACCAUGACCCACUGGAGGCCCUGCCUGUAAUGGGGAGGCGGGGAAGGGUGGGGACGCCACGGGUGGGGCGGAGGAGGCUGGUUGUCUCGUGGGGGUGGACUGCUGCGACCUGCUCGCUCGUAUCCUGUCGCACACGCUGCGCACCCGCUCAACGACCUUCUCGCACUCCUCCUGCUCUCCCUCGUCAACCGUCUCCGGGUUUUGUGUGUCGAAGUUGGCAAUGUCAGGCAACACCUGCACACAAGAACAUCGAUUGUGUCUCGAUUGUCGUGUCUCCCUUGGGGCUACUUCUUUGAGCAGCUUGGCCCAAGUGAAGUCAAAUCCCAUGGCCCUCAUGCCGCCCGGGGCGAUGUAUGUGGUGGCAGUCUGCUGGUUGAGGUCGUCUAUCGUGUUGCACAUGUCGUCAAAGUUCGCCUUGAUCGGCCCCAGCAUGUACUUGGGGAUCAGCACCUUCCUGAGACACACAGAACAGGAAGGGCACGGAUGUGGGCAAUUGGGUAAGCUGUAGGUAGGGAGUGGGCGUCGCUUCUUGCCUGAUGGUGGUCAUGUAUAGUUCCCAGAAGGCGACGAUGUACUCUGCGGCCUUCUCCUGUGACAGCAUGUAGGUCUUGCAGGUGCGGUGGAACAUUUUCUUGUCCUUCGUGUAAGGAACCUGACAGGCACCACAGCAGUGAGAUGUUUUAUGAAUGGCUGGCGGCUCCAAUGACCCCCUACGCUUUUGGCGGUGGCUGCGAUGAGGUUGGCCCACCCGUCUGUGGGCAUCUCCAAAGCGGUUGGCCGCUCAAGGUGCAGCUCAUUCACCCUGCAGCCAUGGCAGACCUCAUUUCCGUGUCUCGUGUGUCUCCAUGUGUCCAUGCAUGUGUCCAUGGAUCGAUCUCACUUUGAGAGUAUUUUGUGCCUCGUGACGGCGUUGGCCCCCUGCUGCUUGAGGUAGUGGUCCACUGACCGCACCCACUUCUGGUUGGUCCGCGUCAGACGACCCUGAAGACCAACCACAACAGACAUGACCAGCGAAGCGUCGGACCAGGCAUGGAUCCACCUGUGCGGCGUUCAUGAAGUCGAGAUAGCGCUUUGUCCAUGCCUCGUUGGCGUCCUUCGAUGACAACUACAACCACACCCAGAAGAGACACAUUUGUUAGCUGACUAUCUACGGCAGGCGCCAGUCCUCACCUUAAGAAACUCCUGCAGCUCUCGCAUCCCCUCCCCUGGAUUCUCCUCACGAAUCUCCUUGACCCCACCUACAGAUCCAGGACAGUCUUAUAAUUCAGGGCGGCUGUUUGUUCACACCUUCGAGUUUUAGGAGGUUGGUUGCUUCGUCCCUCGUGGGCAGUCCCAUUGCCACCUCGUCGAUCUUAUGCCCGCAGUCCUCAUAGUACGCCGCGAAGACGCUUCUCAACUGAUCCAGAUUGACGCCCUCGGCACCUCCCGACGGACCAUGUUCAAAGGAAUCCAGCUCCUGCAGGAAGACAGGAACAAGCUUACUCAACACGUAUCUAUGACAGGAUCCACGUGCAUACUUGAAUGAAGUUCUCGAGCUGCUCCUUGAGACUCCCCAUGAACUUUACCACCGACCGGGGGAGCAUCUUCACAUAGGGCUGCAGCAGACAAGAAAGAGCGCUUGGAGGAAGGCGGAAUCAGUGCGUCUCUGUGAUGUCCUUCACCAGACCUGUUUCAAGACAGAGCUUGCGAGGGCAUCGCUGAUCUGGCCCAUCAACCUACACCACCACCGACAUGAGUGAUCCGCGUAAGUAUGUGUCUCCGGUGGCCCUACUGGCAUUCCUUCAUGGCCUCGUUCCACUUCCUCGGUGUCAUCAUUUUAACGGCCCGAGUCCAGUGGAUGCCAUACAGAAACGCGCAUAUCUGACCUGUGCACAUGCACACGUGAGCAAAUAUGAAGAGCCAGCAGCUAAGUGUCUCUGUGCCUUCGUCUUACCGAACCACGGUUUCUUGGAAUAUUCCUUGAACAGGUUCUUCUGCACCUUUUGCCCGCAGUAUUGGCCGUACACACCCUGCACACAUGAAUGAACCCAGUUCAGGAAAGAAGCAUCAACUUAUCGCUGCACUUGGCGUACCAGCAGCGAGAUGGAUGCAGCCGUCGGGAUGACGUGGUCGGGGCCCACAAUGAUUUCCCUGAAUGACCCAGAACGGCCAAGGUCCCUCUUCUUCCCAACGACCCGUAUGUUGCUUUGCUCACUUGAAGAAAUCGAACUGCUGCUCACGAACCCUGUUGCAUCCCUGAUCAGCCGCAACGGACAACAACGAUCUCGAUUCGCUGUCUCUCGAGUGCCGUGAGCUCACGUCUCUGAGGCCGUUAAGACAAAAGAAGUCGUUGAGCUGGUCAAUCUUGUUGGCCACAAUCCAGAUGUCAUUCGGCUGAAGAGUCCCAUUGGCUGAGCAGAACAACAUGCAUCAUUGCAGACGCUCUUUCUGCGACACUUGUCCCUCAUGUUUACCCAGACAAUCCUCUAAGACGGAGCGUAGAACACCAGCCGCCUUGUGACGACUCGCAUCCACCUGAGUAGAGAGCUUCUAAUGCAAUUCGCCCUCUCUAGUCUUUGGCUCGCUGUGCUCACCACGGCAAGGACGCCGUCGGCCCUCUUGAGGUGGUUGCGCAUGAGGAGGUCCAGGUCAUGACCCUGCCAGAUGCUCAGGUCCGGCGACGGCAAGUCCACCAGCUUCAACGUGCCAACCUCGGCCAAAUCAUCUGUUCACACAAGAGCGAGGCGCCCACACAUGGGCUCAUGUAUCCAUUCAUUUGUCGCCAGGCCAACCGUCGAGUGACGAGAGACACGGGAAGGCGGUGUCGACUCUGAGGGUGAGCGAGGGGUCAGUGAGCAGCCGAAGCUCCUUGGCGUCAAGCACCUCCAGCUGACGACCCAUGUACACCAAAUGCUGCACAAAUAUACACAGACAUAUGACACAGCCCGGCGUUGCCCUUCCAGUGCAUCGAGCACAUUGGCGCGUUCAAUCUCGCGUGUAAUUUCCUCGAAGCCCUCGACUGUCUGUCCCCAGGGACCACUGCGCACACAAACACAGAAACGUCGGAAAAUCAUCAAGUCCUCUCAAUCUGUGCCAAAGUCGGUCACCUCAACGAUGCAAUCAGCGCUUGGUCAGAGGUAGCUUCGCUGGCCAGUUUUACCCGCACCUUCUGUGCCCAUCCUUGAAGCGCCUCAGCGAGUGUGUCCGGCAUGAUUAGCCGUGGAAGGGCGAGAUGUGCUGUGUGCGUCCACUCGAUUGUGAGGGCAGAAGGGGUGCUGGUUGGGAGGCAGGGGAAACCCGCCAACGCUUGCGCAACGGUUGUCUUCCCUAGAGGCACAGAGAAGGAUGUAUGUGUCUCAUAUCUUGCCUUUUGUUCCCUCCUUUACCGGCCUGUGCAGGUCCAAGCACCAGCAGGACCGCUUCCAGGUCGUGAAGACGCCUUGCGAAGUCCAUUAUGCGACGUGCAUGGGCAGUGGCGAGGUUCUCCUCCGCUCCAACCUGUCGAUAGAUAGACCACAGACAGACAGAAGGCUACUUGAAUGCUAUCAGUGGUUCUUCGUGAAAGGUGUGCCGUCUGUCUGUCUGUGUGCGAAUGCCUGUCUGCCUGUAUCGGUUGGAGACACUCGGCUGCCACUUCAAGGGCCUCCAAAGCGGAGUUGAACAGGCGCAAAAUGAUCUCCUUCUGAGACAACGAUGGCACGGCUGAAUGAACAGCGCAAACAUACAGACUCGUAAUUGUGGGCCCAACUCUACGUCCCAUAUUUCAUCUCCUUGUUACAUGGCACCGGUGCCUGCUCCUCUCCUGCAAGGCUGUUUCGACGACUCACAGCAGCUUUGAUCAGAUCGAUCUGCGCCUGGUUUUGCGCGAUGUAAUCACCGACCGUCGAUGACACCUCGUCUGUAGUGAAAAGAAUCCAAAGAGACAUCAAGCGCGCAGGUGAUCAUUUCUGCAUGGCUGCGCACCUUUGUCGGCGGGCUCGCUCUUGCGAUCGGACACUGCAUCCUCCGGUGCCUCGCUCGCUAUCUGAGGACCGCUGAGGAUCUUCUUCGCAACCAUAUUGCCGCCGUCACUGCACGCUCGAAGUGUCGCUGAGCAACAGAGCAAGAGGCAACAUAAUGUGAAAGGGCGUGACCAUAUUCACUGCUGCUGACCUUUCGCUGCAGCCGAGAAGUCGCCGCUUCUUUCUUGCAAUUUACUGACCAAGUCGGACUUCAUCGCUUCCGCCGGCAACAGCUGGUCCGGGUCGACACCCCUCUCCAGCAGCUGGACCAGCACAUCUUGAGGGCCGCACCCUGACGCAUGGCCACUCGGGCUCACUUUCCACAGCGUCAGCAGAGACUUGUCUUCCAGCGCUUUGAACGACUCCACCCAGGGGGCUGAUACACAGAGAGAUGAACACACAUGAGAAUGUAGUUGACCUUCCUUCAGGUUUGUGCGAGUCUCGGCUUGCUUGACGACAGCAACACGGCGACGCAGUUGAGGAUCUGUUUUGAGAAUUUGGGCUCCUGCUUGAACAGAGUGAGCAGGAACUUCCAGACCAGCUGCCGCGUGGAGUACUCGAUGUUGUCGAUGAGUUCCACCUGCUUCUUGACAUCGUUGAUUCCCCUCUUCAGGUUGGUGAAGACGGUGCCGCAGUCCUCCAUGAACCGCUGCUUCUUGUCGCCCAUGAUCUUCUCCACGCUUGGCAGCGCGUCACGCAGCCGCUUCGACCUGUCUGCCAUCUUGCUGACCGAUGAACAAGGACGGGGCGAGGAGGGCUUUUCUG